UGCUCAUCCGAGAGCAGGAUACAUGCUUCUGAACAUCUUUCCUAUCUGAAACAGACCUUGCUCAGAAGCUCUGGAGAAACCAAGCGGAUUGAACUAGAUGCUUGAGGAUGUUACGGAGGAGAACCACCAUAUUGAUUCUAGAGAUCAUGGUUUACAACUUUAGCAAAAACCUGAAGCACCAGGCCUUGUAUGAAAAGGCUGAAACAACACCUAUUUACACACAACAGAAUAAGCAGGUGAUCCAAUGUUAUUUUCAUGAUGUUCAGGAAAAAUGAGCAGACCAUAGAAGAAUAAAUGAGGCUCAGAAUAUAUUUACAGAAUUUUCUGAGAAAUUAUCCCAGUUUAUCACUUUCACAGUAUCAAGGAUUGAACAGCCUUAAAUGCAUGGCAUCUUUGGACGGGGUAAUUGAAAGUUUACUACUUUCUUUCAAGGACAAAAAUCUGCCACUCACAUGGAAUAUAUGAGACAGAAAAUGUUCAGUGCUUGAUAACAAAUGAUCUGGUGAUUAAACUGAACAGAAGUAAUUGCAGAAUCCUUAAACAACUAUUAUUGGGCACAGGAAACCAUUCCAUGAUGAAGGACACAUCGCUCAAUGCCUGUGUUUUUAUUGGGCUUGCAAUCACUGCACUAGUACAAACGGUAGGAAGAAAUAUGGACUGUCCGAAAUCCUGCAUUUGUGAAAUCAGACCAUGGUUCACGCCAAGAUCUAUUUAUAUGGAAGCUCCUACAAUAGAAUGCAAUGAUUUAAACUUGGCUUCACUUCCUCCAAAAAUACCAGCUGAGACCCAAGUUUUGCUACUGCAAAGUAACAACAUUUCAAAAAUCGAGAACAAAAUAGACUAUUUGGUUAACCUUACAGAAAUAGAUUUAUCUCAAAACAAUUUUUUAUCAAUCCGUGAUAUCAACCUGGGAAAAAUGCUUCAGCUAAUGUCACUGCACCUGGAGGAAAAUAAGCUCACAGAGUUGCCUGACAACUGUUUGCUUGGACUCAGCAACCUACAGGAACUUUAUGUUAAUCAUAACCAGAUUUCCAGAAUUGCAAUGGGAGCCUUUAUAGGUCUUAAUACUCUUCUCAGAUUGCACCUUAAUUCCAACCUAUUAACAACGGUUAAAAGCAACUGGUUUGAAGCUAUCCCAAGCUUAGAGAUUCUAACAAUAGGGGAAAAUCCGAUCACUAAAAUUCAAGAGAUGAGCUUCAAACCCCUCAUCAAUCUGAGGAGUUUGGUUUUGGCAGGAAUUAAGCUUUCAGAACUGGGGGACAAUACAUUAGUUGGCCUAAACAAUUUAGAAAGCAUCUCUUUUUAUGACAACAGACUUAUCACCGUGCCCCAUGCAGCUCUUCAAAAAGUUCCAAAUCUCAAAUUCUUGGAUUUGAAUAAAAAUCCUAUUCAGAGAAUACGGCAAGGAGAUUUCAGAAAUAUGUUGCACUUGAAAGAGUUAGGCAUUAAUAAUAUGGCAGAAUUGGUUUCUAUUGACUGUCUUGCUCUCGACAAUUUGCCUGAACUAACAAAAAUUGAAGCAACAAACAACCCAAAACUAUCGUAUAUCCAUCCAAACGCAUUCUACAGAGCUCCCCAACUUGAAACAUUAAUGCUUAACAGCAACGCACUGAGUGCUCUCUACAGAGGCACAGUGGAAUCUUUACCCAAGCUGCAGGAAGUCAGCAUUCAUAGCAAUCCAAUCAGAUGCGAUUGUGUCAUUCGUUGGAUUAACAUGAACAAAACACACAUUCGAUUUAUGGAACCACAGUCUUUGUUUUGUUUUGACCCACCUGAAUUUAAAGGUCAGCAUGUCCGAGAGAUUCCCUUCCGAGAAAUGACAGAUAUGUGCCUUCCGUUAAUAGCAUCAGGAAGUUUCCCUUCUGCUCUAAAUGUAAGCAGUGGGAGCUCAGUAUCUCUACACUGUCGAGCUACAGGACUACCAGAGCCUGAAAUCUACUGGAUCACACCAUCGGGUGAUAAACUUCUGCCUAACACUGCAACCAAUAAAUACAACAUGCAACUUGAAGGAACACUGGAUUUAUUUCAUAUAAGCAACAAUGAAACAGGCUUGUAUACUUGUGUGGCGCACAAUCUGGUUGGAGCAGAUUUGAAGACAGUUCUUAUCACAGUGAAUGGUUCACUUGCACAAUCCAUGAAUGAAUCUCUGAAUAUCAAAAUACAAAAUGUGGCAUCAUAUUCUAUCUUAGUGUCUUGGAAGGCUGUUUCCAACUGUAUGUCAUCAAAUAUCCAAUGGUCUGCCAAAACGAAUUCUGACAGCCCCCAACUUACGUAUACAGCCAGAGUUCCAAUCGAUAUACGUACAUAUAAUCUAACGCAUUUGAACCCGUCAACUGAGUAUGAGGUAUGUGUUCACGUAACUAACCUUCAUCAACAAACUGAAAAGAAAUGUACCAAUGUCACAACAAAUGGAUUGGACUUCGCUGUAAAAUCAAAUGGACAAACUACAACCUCAGCACUUGUGGCUGUCCUUGGUGCAAUGUUUGGUGUCAUUAGCAUGACAUGUCUCUGCUCUUAUGUGACUUGGAGGAUGAAGUAUAAUUCUGGCCACAGCUGUUCAGGAAAGUACAUGCCAAGUCAAGCAAUAUUUCCAUCAAACAACUUCUACCCUCCAAUUAUCAAUAUUUGGGACACAGCAAAAGAGAAGAAAGGACCACUGGAAGUUAAAGCCACGGUAAUAGAUGUAUCAGCAACCUGUUCAUAAAUUGGUGAUAUUUUAAAAUGCCAGUUACAACUGGACUGCUUUUAAACGUUGGAUACAAAAGAAGAAGAAAAA